AUGCUAUCCUUCCUUUUUGCUAUCCAGGAGAUCAACCAGGAUUCCCAUCUCUUAACCAACAUCACUCUGGGUUACAAUGUCUAUGAAAAUUAUUUCAAUGUAGGAAAGACUUCGGAUGCUUUGCUGGACCUGCUCUCAGACGGGGAGGCCAAUGUCCCCAACUACAGUUGUGGGAGGCAGAGAAACACAGUGGCUGUUCUGGAAGGGGCUGAGACUGACUUCUCCAUCCAGAUAUCAUCCAUGUUGGACACCUACAAAAUGCCACAGCUUCAUCCUUUUCUUGAAAACUCUGAGUUUUAUAAUAAAUCUAUAGAUGGAAUGAAUCUGGAUGAGAAGGGAGACCUGACAGCUGACCUGGACAUUGUCACUUGGCUGUUUCACAAUGGCUCAUUUACCAGUGUGAUGUUUGGCAGCCUAGAAAAACAGGGAUCCCUGGAUUUCAAGUUUAUGGUCAAUCCACAGGGCGUGGCAGAGAUGGAUAAGCUGAACAAGCCCCUGCCUCCUUCCAGAUGUGUGGAAAGCUGUCGUCCUGGAUUCAUGAAGGUGCCUCAGGAAGGGAUGCCCAUCUGCUGCUAUGACUGUCAACCUUGUGCAGAAGGAACCAUCUCCAUCAUGGAAGACACAGAAGAAUGCAGCAAAUGUCCAGCAGACCAACAUCCAAACAACAACCAAACUCAUUGUAUCCCUAAGAUUAAGACUUUCCUAUCCUAUCAAGAAAAAUUGGGGAUCAUCUUAACUUCCAUUGCCUUGUUCCUCUCUUUAGUCACGUGCUUUGUUUUGGGAAUCUUCUUUAAAUUCCAAGAAACUCCCAUAGUCAAAGCAAACAAUCGAGAUUUGUCUUAUAUCCUUCUUGUUUGUCUCCUGCUUUCCUUCUUCACUUCCUUCUUAUUCAUUGGCCGUCCAAGGAGAGCUACCUGCCUUCUUCGACAAACAACCUUCAGCCUCGUUUUUUCUACUGCUAUUUCUUCAGUCUUGGCCAAAGCAAUCACAGUGGUGCUGGUCUUCUGGGCCACAAAACCAGGGAAUCAAGUGCAGAGAUGGCUGGGAAAGAGUUUGGCCAACUCCAUUAUCCUUUCAUGCUCUGGUCCCCAAGUUGUUCUCUGCAGCAUCUGGUUGGGUGCUUUUACCCCCUUCCCUGAGUCAGACAUGCAUUCACUAUCUGGAGAAAUCAUUCUACAGUGCAAUGAAGGCUCUGUCACCAUGUUUUAUGGUGCCCUUGGCUACAUGGGCUUCCUUGCUGUCAUCUGCUUCAUAGUGGCUUUCCUAGCAAGAAAUCUGCCAGGGGCCUUCAAUGAAGCAAAGCUGAUCACCUUCAGCAUGCUGGUCUUCUGCAGUGUUUGGGUAUCCUUUGUGCCCACCUACCUGAGCACCAAAGGGAAAUACAUGGUAGCUGUGCAGGUCUUCUCCAUUUUGGCCUCCAGUGCAGGACUUCUGAGCUGCAUUUUCAUCCCCAAGUGUUUCAUUGUUUUUUUAAGACCAGAUCUGAAUACAAAAGAACACUUGAUGUCAAAAUAA